AUGCUGGAAGCAAGGCUGAAGACGGCGGAUCUGUUGAAAAAGAUCUUAGAUGCCAUCAAGGAGCUCGUGACGGACGCCAAUUUUGAAUGCACGGAUGAAGGGAUCAAACUGCAAGCGAUGGAUAACUCUCACGUCGCCCUCGUCUCCCUAGAGCUCGAGACUGGCGCGUUCGAGGACGACUACAGAUGCGAUCGGAACCUAUCGCUCGGCAUUAACCUCGCCUCUCUCACAAAGAUCGUCAAGUGCGCCGGCAACGAUGACCAGGUCACGCUGCGCGCUACCGACGAUGGAGAUGUCGUCAAUCUGAGCUUCCAGGACCCCAAGACUGACCGGAUCGGCGAGUAUGAGCUCAAGCUCAUGGAUAUCGACCAAGAGCAGCUCGGCAUUCCCACAACAGAGUACGAUGCCGAGAUCAGCAUGCCCUCGCAUGAAUUCAGACGCAUCAUCAACGAUCUGUCCGGCAUUGGCGAAUCUGUCAAGAUUGAGGCCACCAAGGAGAACGUCAAAUUCUUUUCGGACGGUGAUAUCGGCAAGGCCUCGGUGACGCUCAAACCAACCGGCGGAUCAGCUAUUUCCAAUGGCCGCAAGCCAUCUGCCAAAAUAGCGCCGAAGAAGAAGAAGAACAUCGCGCGAGAUGACGACGAGGAAAUGGAGGACGAAGAGGACGUAAAGCCUACAAUAAAGAAGGAGGCAGCGCCUAUCGCCGUCUCUGGGGACGAAGACGACGAAGAGGUCUCUAAGCCAAAGAAGAAGGGCAAGAAGGUCGUCCAGUCUGACUCUGACGGCGAAGACGGUGGGGCCGGUGAGGACGAUGAGGAGCAGGAGCAACCUGAAGAAUCUGAAGAAGAAGAGGAGACGAGCAAGAAGCGCAAGCGAGCCGGCAAGGAGACGAAGAAAGGCAAGCCAUCCAAAGAUGACGGUUCCAACAAUUCCGUCACGAUCACGCUCAAUCAGUCGGUCUCGCUCUUCUUCACGACCAAGUACCUGGCAAACUUCUCAAAGGCGGCAACGCUCUCCAAUCAAGUACAGCUCAAGAUGUCGAACGAAAUCCCUUUGCUUGUCGAGUUUGGAUUCGAAGGUGGCAAGAUCUCAUACUAUCUCGCGCCAAAGAUCAGCGACGAUGAUACAUAA